AAUCCAGAAAUCAACGCCCGAAUCCAAUAAAGCUUUCAUUUCUCUUUUCUCUUUCUCUAAUUGAUUCAUUCAAAAAGCAUUUCCCUUUUUCUCUUUAUUCUCAAAACUCUUUGUUUACUUGUCAUUUCAAAUCACAGAGUUCCUCUCUUUUCUUUGGCCAUGGAACAUAUCAACGUUCCGCUGUGGACUGACCCACUUCUCCUCACUGACGUUUCUUCCCAACAACACAGCUCCAACUAUACUGAUGCAGCCAUGUCACGGCGCUCAAUUAAUCCAUCUGUGCUGGAUUCAGAUUCUUCCCCUCAACCAAAUUCUGAUGUCGAUGAUCCUUGGAAAAAUCAAAGCUUAAAUGAAAUUAGUACGCCAAUUGGAGAAAUUGAUGGCCGGUCCUUGUUGGGAUUUUCUCUAACAUCGCCAGACCUUGUUAUAUGCACUGGAUCUCCUGAUAUUCCAGUAAAAAACUAUGGAGAUUCCCCUGAAUUCUUGGAGAAAAAUAGGUGUUCAAUUGAGCUUUCUUUAGAGAAUGGCAUUGAUGGAUCUGAUGCUAAAGCAAAGCACAAAACUCCCACUGUAAAGUUCUCCACCGUGUGCCAAACCUUCGAAAAAGAAAUGUCCCCGGACUCUUCCUUUGAGCUGCUUCCAUUACCAGAAAGUGCAGACUAUCUACACAAGGAGCAUGAACACCUUCCUGUUAUAAGCAUCAAUGCAGGGUGCAUAAAUGGAGCAGUGGAAUUAGAUGGUGUCAUUUAUUCGGAUGACGAUUGUUAUGUGGGUGGUGAUGUUAUAAGGACUGAUACUAUGGUUGGAGAUGGAGUGGGAAAUUCAUUGUACAACACAGCACGAUAUGGUGACUUCUCAUACAAGUUUUCAUCAUUGGAGCCUGGUUUUUACAACAUUGAUCUGCAUUUUGCUGAAAUAGUUUUCACCACCGGUCCACCUGGAAUUAGAGUAUUUGAUGUAUUUAUACAACAAGAGAAGGUUGUGUCCGGCCUAGACAUAUAUGGCCAGGUAGGUGCAAACAAGCCUCUGGUUAUAUCUAACAUUAACACUUUUUUUGAUAGCGGUGGGGGCUUACUCAUUAGAUUUGAAGGAUUAAUGAGGAGUCCAACUGUAUGUGGUAUUACUGUAAGGAAAGAUUCUCGUGCAAGUUUUAAAGAAGCUGAAUCACAGGAAGUCAUGGGAAUUGCUGAAUUGAGAGAUCAUGAGUCACUAAGAGAUAUGAGUGAUUGUGGGGUGGAAGUAAAAUACGAACAGCUGCAAAGAGAUAAUGAGCGCCAAAGUAAGGAAUUAGCAGAAAUGAGGAGAGCCUUUGAAGGGCUUAAGAGGGAGAACCAACUUAAGAGUAAAGAGUGUCAAGAAGCGUGCAAAUCUUUACAGGAGCUUCAAAAUGAGCUUAUGCGCAAAUCAAUGCAUGUUGGCUCAUUAGCCUUUGCAAUUGAGGGACAAGUGAAAGAAAAGAGCAGAUGGUUCUCAUCAUUGAGGGACCUGACCAGAAAAUUGAAGAUAAUGAAAAUGGAACACAUCAAGCUAUCAGAGGAGGUAUCCAUGUAUAAUAAUUGCUUCAAGGAUAUCAAUGAAAUUGGCUCUUCAAUUCUGUCCAGAAUAAACCAGCAGGCAGAUUUGCAUGAAGAUCUCAAGAUUAAAUUUCUCAGAGGGGCAAAAGAAAGGAAAGAACUCUACAACAAGGUUCUAGAAUUGAAAGGAAACAUAAGAGUCUUUUGCCGGUGUAGGCCUCUAAAUUCUGAAGAAAUAGCAGCAGGAGCUUCAAUGGCUGUUGAUUUCGAAUCCGCGAAAGAUGGUGAACUCACUGUACUAUCAAAAGGUGCUCAGAAAACCUUUAAGUUUGAUGCUGUUUUUGGCCCUCAAGCAGACCAAGCUGAUGUUUUCCAAGACACAGCUCCAUUUGCUACCUCAGUUCUAGAUGGCUACAAUGUCUGCAUUUUUGCUUAUGGACAGACGGGGACAGGAAAAACUUUUACAAUGGAGGGUACAAAAGAAGCCCGUGGAGUAAAUUUUAGGACUCUUGAGGAAUUGUUUCGCAUAAUUAAUGAGCGGCAGAAGUUAUAUCGAUAUGAGAUAUCAGUCAGUGUCUUAGAAGUAUACAAUGAACAGAUAAGAGAUUUACUGGUUUCAGGCUCUCAGCAAGGCACGGGGCCAAAAAGGCUUGAAAUAAGGCAAGUGGGUGAAGGAAUGCAUGAUGUCCCAGGGCUCGUUGAAGCGCAUGUAAACAACAUGAACGAGGUCUGGGAAGUCCUACAGACUGGCAGUAAUGCAAGGGCUGUUGGCUCAACCAAUGCCAACGAGCAUAGCAGUAGAUCCCACUGCAUACAUUGUGUGAUGGUUCAGGGAGAGAAUUUGUUGAAUGGGGAAUGCACAAAAAGCAAGCUAUGGUUGGUGGACCUAGCUGGAAGUGAACGAGUAGCAAAAACAGAAGUGCAUGGAGAAAGACUUAAGGAAACUCAAAAUAUUAACAGAUCUUUGUCUGCACUCGGUGAUGUCAUAUCUGCUCUUGCUACAAAAAGCCCUCACAUUCCUUUCAGGAAUUCAAAGCUGACACACUUGCUUCAAGACUCUCUCGGAGGAGAUUCAAAGACACUCAUGUUUGUACAAAUCAGUCCUCAGGAGAAUGACCUUGGUGAGACUCUAUGCUCUCUGAACUUUGCAAGUAGAGUGAGAGGGAUAGAGUUGGGUCCGGCAAAGAAGCAAAUGGACUGCUCAGAACUUCUGAGAUGCAAACAGAUGGUUGAGAAAUCAAAGCAAGAAAUGAAGAUCAAAGAUUUGCAAAUCAGGAAGAUGGAGGAAACAAUUCAUUGUUUAGACUUGAAGAUGAAGGAUAAAGACCUAAAAAACAAGAACCUGCAAGACAAGGUGAAAGAACUGGAGUCGCAGCUACUCAUUGAGAGGAAGCUAGCACGUCAGCAUGUCGAUACAAAGAUAGCUGAGCAGCAGCAGCAACAGCAACAAAUUAAACAGCAGAAUGAGGAGCUCAGUAAUUCAGCAAUGAGGCCACCACUGGCACUUCGACUCUUGGGAGCUAACAAGAAUUUGAAUGAAGUUUCAAAUGGAGCAUUGAUGAAAGAGCAAGUAAAUCUCACUCGUCCGCUUAUGGAAAAUAGCUUCAGGCCUUUACCUCUUUCUUUAACAGAUGGCUGCAUCCAGCACAUUGAUGCAGCAGAAAAAGAAAACAAUCCUGAGGCGGCUGAACAACUGCGACUACUACCAAAGAAGACAGGAAGAGCCUCAAUCUGCCCAACCGCAAGACGAAUGUCAGUAUCCUCAGCUCCAAGGCGCAACUCUUUAAUACCACUGCCAAGUGCACCUAGCUUAGCGCAGCUGGCACCACCAUUUCUACCAUUGCCACCCCAACCAGAUAUAAAGGAAGAGGAAGAUGAGUUUAUUCCUGAACAAACGGUAUGCAACAGUCCCAAAGGAAUGAAAAGCGCGAGUAAGAAGCUGAGCAGCAUUUUGAGACGAAGCCUUCAGAAGAAAGUUCAGCUAAAGUCCCCAAUGCAGCAACAUCUGAGAAGAGGUGUUAACGUGGGGAUGGACAGGGUUAGAGUUUCAAUCGGAAGUCGAGGGAGGAUGGCCAGUAGAGUACUGCUAGGCAAUGGUAGAAGAGGAGCAGGAACCAAGGAAAUUCAGCACAAACAAAACCACAAAGAAAAGGAGAGAGGGUGGAAUAUUGGAACAGUUGGGAGGACUGCAAUCUAACAGCUCAAGACUCUUCUUUAUAUCUUUCCAUGUACAGUAGUAGGAUGUACUCCUUUUGUUGCACAGGCAACAGGUAAAAAGAAAAACAACAAAAACAAAAACAAGUGUGUGUAUCUUCCUGGAUGAUGCUAAUCAUCUGCCUUGACUCUUUUGCUUGCUAAUCGUAAAUGGGUUGAUUGAUUAUUA